UCUGGGAGGGACACAAGAUUUUACACUUCCUGAUACAAGUACAACUGCUCUUACUGCAGGUGGAUCUUCACACUCGUCUUCCUUUCUCAGCAGGAUGCCGUACAAAGAUCUUAUAAAGUAUUGGCAUGAAGGAGUCCUGGCAGUGGACAAUGAUAAUCUGGAUUCAGCUUUGCAGAAUUUCCUAAGCAUUGAGGAUUCCACGUCAAAGAUCUGGUUCAACAUCGGAUGUGUCCAUGUCAUUAAAGGAGAUCUAGAGAAUGCCUUGGAGGCCUAUAGUCAGGCUCUAAGCAAGGACCCCUGCCUAGCUGUUGGAUAUUUCCAGAGAAGUUAUAUAUAUUUUCAACUUAAAAGGUAUGAGAAGGCGUUGAGUGACUGCCACCUGGCCCUAUCUCAGCUGAGAAACAACAGUGUUAUAGAUUACAAGCAGCUUGGACUCCGCCAUCUACUCUUUGCCUGGGAGAUCCUGUAUAACACAGCAGUCAUCCUUUGCUACCUAGGGCAAUGGAAAUCUGCCCAGGAAAAGCUCAAUGGGGCUGUCAGCUGUCUGCCGAGUGAAUUAAAAAACGCCAUGUUGGAGUCCGCCUUGGACCAAAUUCAGAAACGGGUUUUGCUCCAGCCGCUGCACAUACCGGAGAUUGAGCUCUUCAGGCCUAGAAAGCAGGAAGUUGAGCAGCUAAAAUCCAAAGAUUUCCUGGGAAAACCAAAGGUCAUUUCCUCUGUGGUUCCAAAUGAUCAAUACAGUGGAUUUGAGCCUCUGCGCCCUCAAAAGCCUGGAUUCUAUGAGCCUUGUCAGGAAGCCAUGCAAGGUCGAGAGGCAGGAUAUCAUCGCGUAUUAGUUCAUUAUUACCCAGAAAAUUCAGGGGACGUGGCUGUGAAGGCCAACAGCAUUGUGUACAUCCUGAAUAAAGAUGGAGAGUGGGCUACUGCCAUCCACGAUGGCCAAAAAAUCCUCAUUCCUACCAGUUUUCUGGAACCAGUAAAUGCACCCAAAGCUGAUAUGACGAAAGUGAAUAACGGAAUCCCUCUGCCACCCACUAAGAUGCCCCCAACCAGGCCCAAUGUCAAGCCAAUAGCUCUGGAUGUACCAAAGAGACCUGCGGCUGACCCAACAGAAAACCAAGAGGUACAGAGAAAGAGGAACCAUUGUCAGAUGUCCGCUAGAGAGAACCACAUGGUGGAGUCACGUGUCCCUCCUACAGAAAAGCAAUUGCCGGAUGCAUCUCUCUAUCCUAGACUGUUGAAAGAGAUCAAAACUUGUCCGCAAAACUCCUUUCAAAAGGUGGAGAUGGUUGUCAAUUUGCAGAGCGUACCACAAACCAACCAAGAGACUACAGCGGCCAAGCAAGACCGGAUGUGCACAUUGGAGCCUGUGGUUGAAGAGGACAACCUGAUAACAUUACAAGUACACACAGAGUUCACUGUAAACCUGUCAGUGAGAAAGGACAUCGCUUUUACGGAGCUACAGCAUCAACUCAGACAAAAAUUGAAGCAACAUGGAGAGCAGAUUAACAUCCAGCUGAGUUACAGGGAUUCCGAGAAGAAGCAAGCAACCCCGGUGAUCGGAGAUGCAGACCUCAAGCAAAUGUGGGAACAAGCCAAUCAGAAGAAACUCAUUCUGUGCUGUAAGGAUACAUACAACUGCGUGGGUAGGCCCAUCCUAUAUCACAUGAGAGCCAUCUAUCAGUAUUCUCCAGAAGGACCAGAAGAUCUGACCUUUAACGAAGGCCACAUCAUUGAUAUCCUCUCAGAAGUGAAUGGCGAGUGGCUGGAAGGUCACUGCAAUGGAAGUGUCGGAAUAUUCCCCAAGUGUUUUGCUACAAAACUUGAGUGAGGCCUAAAGGAAAACCUACGGCAUCCUGAACUUUCUCAUCAGCUGAUAGGAAGAGACCGCACAGU